AGGUAAUUGAUCGUGUGAGCCCCGAAGCCCACACUACCAGGUAGACACCCACCUCAGGCACACCGAGCAUCCCAACAGUCUCUCUCUCUGUGGAAUUUGGGAAAAGGUUGUAGGUAUUGUACAACUUGCUUCCUCUGUUUGACCUCUCAUUGUCUUUGUUUGGGGUUAUGAAAUAAUUACGGUACCUGGUAGUUACGGUACUUGGAUACCUCGUGUCGCCUAAUUCAACCCUUCAAAGCGGAGCUCUCUUGCAUCGUUCAACUUGCCAGCAAGCACAAUCCUUUUCCUCCUUACUCUCUCAAUCCGACCUACUAUGGCUGUCGGCCGCGAAAACGGCAUCCAUCCCAAUGGGGGAGUAAACGGGGAUGGGCAUCACAUCCGCUACAUUCCACUUUCCUACGACAGUGCCGAUUCCCAGCAAUCCGCCCUCCGUUUGGUGUUCGCAAUCCGCCCAGACUGGCAAGAGCCCGGGUCGAAGGUCGAGUUUGUGCGCUUUACUGAUGGCAUUACAAACACACUGCUCAAGGCCGUCAACAAGCGCUCCGGUCUCUCCAACGACGACGUGGACAGGGAAGCCAUCCUGUUGCGGGCCUACGGCAACGGCACCGACGUCAUCAUUGAUCGACUCCGCGAAACGCAGAACCAUGAGCUGCUGAUGCGGCAUGGGCUGGCCCCGGAGCUUCUUGCGCGCUUCGAAAACGGCAUGAUGUAUCGCUUUAUCCAGGGCACCGUUACCCACCCGGAAGACCUGCGCAAGCCCGCCAUAUACAAGGCUGUGGCACAGCGCUUGGCCCAGUGGCACGCUGUUGUCCCCUGCAUACCGGGACGGACCGGCCACAGCCGCAAAAACUCAAGAGCUGACGGCGGCCUUGCCUCGUUCGCUGACGCCGAAUUCCAGCGGGCUCUGGACGGCGUCGCCCCGGGGAAGCCGCCGCCCAACGUCUGGACGGUGAUGCAAAAGUGGAUCUUUGCUCUGCCGACCGAGACCGAGGCUCAGCGGGCCCGGCAAGCUGCCCUGCAGACGGAGCUGACCACCCUCGUCUCGGAGCUGAGUCAGCGGCCGAGCCUCGGCGAGAAUGGACUCGUCUUUGCGCACUGCGACCUCCUCAGCGGUAACGUGAUUGUGCUGCCAAAGAGCAGCGCACACUCUGUGAAUGGAGACAAUAAUAAGACGGCCGAGACGGUGACCUUCAUCGACUACGAGUACGCCACUCCCUCGCCCGCGGCCUUUGACAUUGCGAACCACUUUGCCGAAUGGGGCGGUUUCGACUGCGACUUCAGUGUCCUCCCCACGCGCUCCCAGCGGCGCGAGUUCAUCAACGAGUAUAUACACACAUACUUUGCCCUCCUGGAGAAGAAGAAGCCCGGCGCGUCCGCUGGCGUCGAUGAGGCCGUCGAGGCCGAGAAGCUGUUCGAGGAAGUAGAUCAUUUCAGGGGCGUGCCGGGCUUCUACUGGGGCAUCUGGGCUUUGAUCCAGGCGACCAUCUCCGAGAUUGACUUUGAUUACGCGUCAUACGCGGAGACCAGGCUGGGCGAGUACUAUGCUUGGCGGGCUGAGGUGACUGGUGAAAGGCAGCGUUCCGGCAAGGAGAUGCCGCUACGGGAGAGGAGAUGGGCACAGGAGGAGUGAGUAAACGGUCGAAUGCAUGACCGGCAUCAAAAGGCCUAUUUCGUUCCGCCAAAACUUCUUGCAUAAUCACUGCAUACUGCCCACGACGGGGGGACAGGACGGCGCCUCGGGAG